CUAGUGGGUCGCCUAAAACCCCCUGUAGUUCAUCUACACCGACGUCCUCACCUUUUGGGACAGGGUAUAACUUUUACAUUUUGGUAGACGUUUCAGCUUUGCCACCACCACUUUUUAGUCGUCUAAGAUUCCAAACCAUAAGUCGAAUAUUCUGGCAGUUCAGAAUUGCGUGGUUUUUCCUUCUCGGCCGUAGUUGUUAGACCGUAGUUUGAUUACACGGAUGCAUCCUCAACGGCAUUUCUAGCGUGUCACAUUCACUCGCAAAUCUCGUUCUUGUCACCCGAUGAAGCAUCUGCGAAUCUCUACUUUCCUUCAGACUUACCAGUCUACUUCUCUUUCCUAUCAUGAUCACCCAGUCAAGUAGGCCAACGGAAGAACUCACCGUGGUCCCAUGACCCCCCACUGAAGGAACCCUAAUCCUAACCAAUCCUAACAGAUCUGAAACAUCAACUGGUGCUACAGCUUCGAAUGUGGUACAGCUUCGCCGGCGCACUGCACCAUCGCCGCAGCGAGGCUCCUCCUCUUUUACUUUAGCGGGUUCACAAGCGUUGCUGCCUUCACCGGCUUUAUGGGGUGUGGUGGUAGACUGCCUGUUUUGAGCACCAGAAGUAUCUUUUUGGUCUUAUUGUUUCUGGAAUAUCUUUGUGGUGGACUUAUUGUUUCUGAAGUAUCUUCGUCAUGGGAGUUGACCUUGCAGUCGGCUGCCAUUUUGUCUCUACGGUGGUCACGAGUGGCCAUAUCAGGGGCACUCGCAUGACAUUGCUUCAGUAUCUCUCUGCUCCACUAGCUAAAAGUAAGUGCACAGGCUGGGACUGGAGGACAUAGGGUGGGGCUGGAGGACAUAGGGUGGGACUGGAGGACAUAGGGUGGGACUGGAGGACAUAGGGUGGGACUGGAGGACAUAGGGUGGGACUGGAGGACAUAGGGUGGGACUGGAGGACAUCGGGUGGCUCAAAGUGAUCAUUACCAUAAUCACUCAUAGUAAAUGUUUAACGUCAUUUUGCAUCAACGCUGUCUUUAAGUAGUUUUACUUUUACUAUUCUGUUCACAUUUCUGGUUGCUAGCGAGUAGGUGCGCCACCUCAUCGUGCAUUCCGUCUUGCUAGACUCUCAUAUUUAUCCAGUGCUUGUAGACCUCCCAUACUGUGUUAGUAAACAUAAGUAAUCGCAAAAUCUAACAAAAGAACCCACUCCGCAUGAUGAGCAACGGCAAGGCAGGCCACGUCGAGGACCAACUAGCUCUGACCCUGCCGAAAUUCCAUUUGGAGCCGGCACUUUACCUACUUCUUUGCCAACUAAGGGGCUGUGCACUAGAACACCGACCACAACGGCGAUGCCUUUUCCAUCGAUCAUUAAGGCUCUUAUUUAUUUUAGAUUCAUUUCGUGGUAUGAGUUGAUAGGAAGUUUGCACUAUACUCGCUGAGAGUGAGAGUUUCUGUGCUAAGUAAUCGGUCAUUACACAGCUUUUGUAUGCACCUCCACACUGAAAAGAUCCAUCAAUUGAUCCUCCACUCCAUUUUCUGUUUCUCUGGACACACACUAGCACAUAUAUGAUGCUUUCUGAUCGGUUUUGAUGUUGUGAUACCUCCAAUUUUCAUCCUGCUCGUCUAAUAUCGGCAGUGCGACUACGUCGACUACACCAUAUCCG